AUGGGCUCAGUUGAAGAGCCCGGGGCUUCCUUUUCUGCACCACCCGAAAUCGUCUCGGCUAACGGUUUACUGUUCGACUUUGAUGGUACCAUUAUCGACAGUACAGAAGCCAUUGUCAAACACUGGCACAGGCAAGGCGAACUGAUGGGAGUUGAUCCCAACGUCAUCCUUGCCACUUCUCAUGGACGAAGAAGCAUUGAUACCUUCAAGAUGUAUGACCCUUCCAGGGCCAAUUGGGAAUACAUAAGCCAUGAGGAAGGGUUGAUCCCCAAAGAAUUCGGCCAGAAUGCAGUGGAGAUUCCUGGUGCUCGCAAACUGCUCACAAGUCUCGAAGCCGUCAAUGCCCCCUGGGCGGUCGUGACUUCCGGCACUCGAGCGUUGCUGACUGGCUGGAUUGAUGUGUUGAAGCUCGCCCAUCCUCGAUGCGUCGUAGUAGCAGAGGAUGUGGCGGAGGGCAAACCACACCCAGACUGUUACCUGCUUGGACGUCAGCGACUCGGCCUGGGCGAGGAAGCGCACAUGAUCGUUAUCGAAGAUGCGCCAUCGGGCGUCCGUGCAGGCAAGGCCGCAGGCUUCAAAGUCGUUGCCUUAACCACCACCCACACGAUUGGCCAGGUCAAGGAAGCGGGGGCGGACUGGAUUGUGCAAGACUUGAGAAGCAUCACGCUCAAGAGCUUUGCGGAGGGUAUCGUACAGAUCGAGAUCACCAAUGCCUUGGUCAGUGCGUAG